CUUGAGUAAUCCCGGUCAGUGUGCCUCUCUCUGUCUCAUCAUAUAAUCACACGCUCUCUUCUGUAGCUCUCCUCUCUCCACAUCCCUGCACCAAGAACCAAAUACCACUCACCACAGACAGUCACCACUGCGGCGUUGUUGGUGUAGCUACCUGGUCUGUUUAUCUUGAUUCUUGAGAGAGAACUAGAGAAGCAUCAGGCAUGGGGAGGUCGCCGUGCUGCGAGAAGGCGCACACGAACAAGGGCGCCUGGACCAAGGAGGAGGACCAGCGCCUCGUCGCCUACAUCAAGGCCCACGGCGAAGGUUGCUGGAGGUCGCUCCCAAAGGCGGCGGGGCUGCUGCGCUGCGGCAAGAGCUGCCGGUUGCGGUGGAUCAACUACCUGCGCCCCGACCUCAAGCGCGGCAACUUCACCGAGGAAGAAGACGACCUCAUCAUCAAGCUCCACCAGAUCCUCGGAAACAAGUGGUCUCUGAUCGCCGGGCGGCUGCCGGGUCGGACGGACAACGAGAUCAAGAACUACUGGAACACGCACAUCAAGCGCAAGCUCCUCGCACGCGGCAUCGACCCGCAGACGCACCAGCCGCUCAGUGGCGCCGCCGCCAACGCGCCAAGCAGCCGUCUCCAGGAUCAACUGGCGGCGGCGCGCUCCAGCUGCUCGCCGCAGACGAGCGGAGCGGGCCACAGCAGCGAUGAAGACAGCGCGUCCGUGCCGUACCUCGUCGGCAUCGAUCUCAACCUGUCCUUAAGCCCUCCCAGCCAACCGCCCUCGCCGGUCGCCGCCGUUGCCAACUAGCACCUAGGCAUAGUAGGCAAGAAGCGGCGCGAUAAGAUGAGAGCCUGAGGCACUCCUAGUCAGUCUCCUAGACGGAGAGGAUUUGCCUGUUCUUGAGUCUCCAGGUUUCAACAAGCUAGAGGUGCACCUGCGGCGGCCAAGAAUCGAGAGAGAGAGAGAGAGAGAGAGAGAGAGAGAGAGAGAGAGAGAAGAUGGCUUAUAAUUUGAACACGAGGAAUCCUGUCUACUGUUCUCUUAAUUUUUGUAAAAAAUAUUUGUGACAUGACGGCUCAUCUUUGUGUAAACAUCUUCACCAAAAUCUAUGCUUCUUCUUUCUUC